CUCAAAACAUAACGCACAGUUGGUUCCGUCGCAGUUCAGGACACGUUCCGUACCAAACAGGCGGUGACAACAUGUCUCUAGUAAUGUCAGCAGUUGGUCUCUGUGAGAUUUUCUUCAGCCGUCCAGGAUUUUGGACUUUUAUCUUCUUGUUUUUGUUCUGGACGCCUGUUAAAGCAGCAACAUUUGUAGUGAAUGUGACCCAGAGCAGAUAUGAGGCAGAGGAGAACCAGAACAUCACUCUGGAGUGGACCUUCACCACCAGGACUCAGGGAUCCUACAGGGAACUGUUCAUCUACUGCAGCUUGUUGGCUCCUCAUAAAGAACUAGUUCUCUAUCGGGUCCAUGAAGGUGUUGAGAUUCCAGAGUCUCAGGAUGAUCAGUUUUCAGGACGAGUCCAGAUUGACAAAGACGUCCUCAGAGAAGGACGAAUCAGACUCCAUGUGUCCAGACUGAGGACUGAAGACUCUGGUCUGUAUCGAUGUGAAGUGAAAACUGGAGAUGGAUUUGGGUCUGCAGAAUGUCGACUCAACGUCUCUGGUCCAAACUUUGCUAUAAUGACGGUUCGUCACAGAAACCUCAUCAGUCCGACGCCACAGAAGGAAACCAGGAGGAGCGGUCGUCGGUCCAGGAUGUUUCUUUUUUUCCCCGUUAUUCUCUUCAUCAUUUCUCUGAGUUUACUUUUCAUCUUGAGCUGAACAAAAUGCUCCACAAACACAAAAUUUUAUCAGAACCUCCUGAGAGCCUCGGCCUCUCAGUUUGGAUGCUUUGCUGCAGAGCAGAGCUGUGUUGAUGUGGACCAGAACUCCAUCCAGACUCUGAUUCCUGAUCAACCUCAGCGUCAUGGAAACCGUGGAGACGAAGGGAGUUUAGUCAAUCAGUCUGAGGCGAAUCGAUGAAACCUGGUUCUUCAUGAAGAAGCUCACAGGCUCUGCAGGAUCYCACUGACUGACUGAUAAACAUGAGAUUCCUCUUCCUGGAUUUUCCUCCAGUUAGAGAAUAAAGCCUAAGGAAACGCUCUUCUUCUUUCUGUGUCUUAUGAAGAUGAGUUUGAAGUUGAGUGAAGUGUUGCUGGUUCUGAUCCUCAUGGAGACGUUUGAACGUUCAGCAUCGUUUGCUGCUCCGCUGGAUGUUCUGCUGCUGACUAAAACGCUCUCUGU